AUGUCCUCCGCCAGUCCUCCUCUGGAUCAAUCACCUCCACCUCCACCUCCUAAAAGGAUACGUCUGGAUCAAUCAGGGUCAUCAUCAGUUAAUCCUUUUAAGACGAAAGUUUGUCUCGUCUUUCGCUGCUCUGGGUAUGAUGAGCCAGACAAGUAUUUCCUCGAGAUAUUGGUUCUGGAUUUAUUAAAACAUAAGGACGCUGACAUCAUCUCCAGCGCCGGCGAGGAGUUCAAACCGAUAAAACCCACGUUUCGUCUCUUCCGUGAGUGUUUCCCUGCGCAUACUUCCUGUGUCGUGGGAUCGACCCUCUACCUGUUUGACGGAAUUUUUGGUGGAGUAUAUUCUCGUUCGCAAGCUCAUAGGUCCUCAGUUGCUACUGUUGAUCUAUCUCAAUACACUGAUGAUGAUUUUACUGUGGAUUUAAAGGCACCUGCACUGAAAAUAACCCCUCAUGUCCUACACCCCAAGUGCCUCCCUAUGGCCAUUCCCACUUCCGAUGGUAAAAUCUUAGUUUUCUCCAGAUUAAUCGAGUUUGAUCGUAAAGCAGUGAACGUGGAUUUCGAGCUGUUUGAUCCUAUAACUUGUGGUUCUUGCCGUGAGCUGCCCCAGUUAGGUCUUAAUGAGAAGAGGUUUCUGGUCCUAGGAUAUACACUACAUGAGCCUACUCAUACUUUUUUUCUCCAAACAGAAGAAGGAGACUUCUGUUUGGAUCUUGCUGGUGAAGGAGGAUGGGUACGAGUUGAUGGAUUAUUUGACAUCCGUAAUCUUCCUUGCAAAGGUCCCCUCUCCAUUACUAGAGAUGCUGAAUUUUGCCUCACUGCUGCUGGCAUCUAUGAUUUGAAGUCCAAAGAUACUAAAUGCCGCUUGUGUAGUUGGUUUGUUUUUGAGCAUCCGCCAACUUUUGGGGCCGGAUAUCGGGCUGCUGCCCCCCUUGACCAUGGUGAUUCUGGAGCUUUGCAUUUCUGCCUUUUACAGACGAAGCUUGACACGAAGCGAAUAUAUUAUGAGACUAUCGAUGCGCAGAACGAAAGCGUCAUGCACCCUCAGCUCAUUAUACGCGUAUUGCACGCUAAUCUUAAAAAACUGAGGGAUGCUUAUGAAUCCGAUAGUAAAACCAAAAGCAGCCACACUACCAGCCUCGACAUUCUCACUUCAUUGAAGUUUGUCGAUCAGAUUGGUGAGCGAGAUCGGGUUGACGGGCACGAGUUACGACGACUCACUGGUCAACUACAACUCAAGUCGGCCGCUGAAAAUGCCCUGCCCGAGGAAGCCCCGCUACCGAGAGUAACCGCGCAGUCGGCAUCGACGGACACGCCGUCGACUGCUGCAACCAGUUCAUCCCCGCCGGAGACGACAGUACGCUCGAGUCCCCACCGCAACUUCCAUCAGACAGAUUCCGACACCUCCUUAGACGGCAGCGGCAGCGCCCUCGCCUUCCAUCAGAAAGAGUGUGUUAGCGCCGAAGUCUGGUGUGAUUUGAACGUCUGGUGUGAUUUGAGGAUCAGCUACGAUAAUCUUUUGGGCGUGACGAAACCCGAACUUGAACAACCUCACAUGGUCUUUAGUGUUGAAGAACCUGUGAGCUUAGAUCAAACUGAGGCACACUACUACACGGGCUACAAUGGGGAGAGUACUUUUCCGCUUUUGGGUGGGAAUUGGUAUGACUAA